GGCGCCGGCGCAGCGAUGGCGGAGGCGGUGGAGCGCACGGAUGAGCUGGUCCGGGAGUACCUGCUCUUCCGCGGCUUCACGCACACGCUGCGGCAGCUGGACGCCGAGAUCAAGGCGGACAAGGAGAAAGGGUUCCGGGUGGACAAGAUUGUGGACCAGCUGCAGCAGUUAAUGCAGGUGUAUGACUUGGCCGCGCUUCGGGAUUAUUGGAGCUACCUGGAGCGGCGGCUCUUCAGCCGCUUGGAGGAUAUAUACAGACCCACCAUCAACAAGCUGAAAACCAGUCUGUUCCGCUUUUAUCUCGUCUACACCAUCCAGACAAACAGAAAUGACAAAGCUCAAGAGUUCUUUGCAAAGCAGGCCACAGAGCUCCAGAACCAGGCUGAGUGGAAGGAUUGGUUUGUCCUGCCCUUCCUCCCAUCCCCAGACACCAACCCCACCUUUGCUACCUACUUCUCUCGACAGUGGGCCGAUACGUUCAUUGUGUCCCUGCACAACUUCCUGAGCGUACUGUUUCAGUGCAUGCCAGUUCCCGUGAUCCUGAACUUUGAUGCAGAAUGCCAGAGGACCAACCAGGUUCAAGAAGAAAACGAAGUUCUUCGGCAGAAGCUCUUUGCCUUGCAAGCUGAAAUCCACCGCCUGAAGAAAGAGGAGCUGCAGCCAGAGGAGGAGGAGGCCUUGGUCCAACACAAAUUGCCUCCUUACGUCUCCAACAUGGACCGCCUGGGGGACUCGGAACUGGCCAUGGUGUGCAGCCAGCGGAACACGUCCCUGUCCCAGUCGCCUCGAGUGGGUUUCCUGUCCUCGCUGCUGCCUCAGAGUAAGAAGAGCCCCUCAAGGUUAUCGCCUGCGCAGGGCGCGUCCCAGGCUCUGAGCUCGGCCAAGAAGGAGCCCUUCAGUGGUCAGCCUGCCAAGGGAAAGGAUGCAGCAUGUGGGCCCAAGGACGGGAAGAGCCUCUUCAGUGGGUUGGCCUCUGGGGAGUCCAGCUGGUCACAGCACCGGCAGCGGCGUCUGCAGGAUCACGGCAAAGAGAGAAAGGAGCUUUUCUCUAUGACUUUGCAGAGUGCAGAGAAGAAGCCCGAGGCUAGUGGCCCAGAGGCCGAGCCCUUCCCAGAGCUCCACGUGGAGGCGCUGGAGACGCUGACGCGGGCUUCUGCAGCAGGUCCCGAGGGCGGAGGGGUCCGCCCUGAGCAGCCAUUCAUUGUGCUGGGGCAGGAGGAGUACGGGGAACACCACUCCUCCAUCAUGCACUGCAGAGUGGACUGCUCGGGGAGGAGGGUCGCCAGCUUAGACGUGGACGGGGUCAUCAAAGUGUGGUCUUUCAACCCCAUCAUGCAGACCAAAGCGUCCUCCAUUUCCAAGUCGCCGCUCCUGUCUCUAGAGUGGGCCACCAAGCGAGACAGGCUGCUCUUGUUGGGCAGCGGUGUGGGGACGGUGCGUCUCUACGACACGGAAGCCAAGAAGAAUCUCUGCGAGAUCAACAUCAACGAUGACAUGCCUAGAAUCCUGUCGCUUGCGUGCAGCCCCAGCGGCGCCUCUUUCGUCUGUUCGGCCGCAGCCCCGAGCCUCGCUUCCCAGAUGGACUUCUCGGCUCUGGAUAUCGGCAGCAAGGGUACUAAUCAGGUUCCUGGCAAGCUGCUACUGUGGGACACGAAAACCAUGAAGCAGCAGCUCCAGUUCUCCCUGGACCCAGAGCCCAUUGCCAUCAACUGCACAGCCUUCAAUCACAACGGAAACCUGCUGGUCACAGGGGCGGCUGAUGGCGUCAUCCGGCUGUUUGAUAUGCAGCAGCAUGAGUGCGCCAUGAGCUGGAAGGCCCACUGUGGGGAGGUCUACUCUGUGGAGUUCAGUUACGAUGAGAAUACCGUGUACAGCAUCGGUGAGGAUGGGAAGUUCAUCCAGUGGAACAUCCACAAGAGUGGCCUGAAGGUGUCUGAGUACGGCCUCCCCGCCGACGCCACGGGCCCCUUUGUGCUGUCUGGCUACAGUGGCUACAAGCAGGUUCAAGUGCCCCGGGGCCGACUCUUCGCCUUUGACUCGGAGGGAAAUUACAUGCUGACGUGUUCGGCCACAGGGGGCGUCAUCUACAAGCUGGGCGGGGAUGAGAAGGUUCUGGAGAGCUGCGUGAGCCUGGGCGGCCACCGAGCCCCUGUGGUCACCGUGGCUUGGAGCACGGCCAUGGACUGCGGGACGUGCCUCACUGCCUCCAUGGAUGGCAAGAUCAAGCUGACCACUCUCCUGGCUCAUAAACUCUGAGGGGACCCACCCUGAGGGACACCACGGAAGCAGUAUUAUCCUGAGGGGAGUGGAGAAACAGGACAGGAAGACAGGGGACUCUGCUUCCCACCCCUGGCCAGUGUGGGGACUCCUCAGGGAAAGAUUGUCCUGGGAAUCAGGCACUGCUGGGCUGCAGUGAGCACACGGGAUCCACAUGGAGUGGUGGCACAUUGUGUCCUAGAGACCAGCAUGCUGGGUAGUGCAAGAGGCAUGCUCCAGGCGGUGGGGAGGAAAGUUCAGGAAGCAGGAGAUGCAGUGUGAUGGCUGCCCUUUUGGGCCAGGAGGGGCUGACAGGGACUGUGUAUAUAUUUGCUCAUUUUUCAUCUUUUUUUUAAAAAAAGAAUGCUCUCGCGGUCAGCUGGUAUGUCUUUCUGGAACAUGUGUGUGCAGCAGAGCGUCUCCCUUCACCCUUUGCCCUUGGAGAGGCAGGUGUUGCCAGAGGCAGCCAGUCGGCUUUGAGCCUAGGCCUCCCGUGCCAGCCGUGCCAGCUGUGCCAGCUGUGGGGCUGAGCCGUGUGGCAGGUUUGCUUGUUGCUUUGCUGUAGAGCUAAGAUGGCCCAUCUCACUCCGCUGGCGAGAUGAUGGUUAUGCUGUCGCUGUUUCUUUGGGCUCCAGUCAGGGAGGCCAUAGCGUUCCUUUUCUUUCCUGCAUUGCUGAAGCUUCUUGGGAUGAGGUUAGGGUCUGAGGCUCUGGUCUUGCCUGCUCCACGUGGGUGUCCCCUCCCUCCGCCACUGGGGUUCCUCUCUGUCACCUUCACAUCCUUGAGGCGGACGGGAGCUGGCCACCAGUGCCGUGUGCUGAUGGUUGGCGAGAGGACUGGGGCCAGGGGGCCAAGCUUGCUUGGCCAUCUGAGGUGGGGGGCGGUGGGGCUCUCCGGCUGCAGAUGCGGGACAGAGAUGGCCUUGGUGCCCAGACAUUUGGGCAGUCGUCGUCAGGCCUCUGGGCUCCAGCCCAGUUCUGGUGGUGCAGGUCUGGAGUGGGGGUGCUCCCAGUUACCUACUUGUGGAAAAUCAUGAAGUCGGUCCUCAGGCCUCAGCUCCCGUCUGCUGGGAUCUGGGAGGAAAAGUAGGUAUUGAGGUGACCCAGCUAUGAGAGAACACCAGAGGCUGGUAAGUAACUCCUUGCACAUUUUUACUUGUUUCUGCCUUGGUAACCCUCUCUUCAAGUGAGGAAAACCAAGACGUCUCCAUUCACAGUUUUCCUUGUCUUCCGCAGUGAAACAGCAAAGUAUCUCCCCUAGUGAUUCAAUAGGACAUUUAAGGAGCCGUCGUCACGUGUUUCAUUUGUGUGACAGAAUUCACUGUUUAGCCUCAAAGUUUUGUUUCAGUUUUCUCUUCUUGCCCCUUCUCUCUUCUCAAUAUGGUCUCCACAGCUACCGAGAUGUCUAAGGAUCACAGAGAAACAAAGAACACUUGAAAAGCUG